CAAUUCGGAGGCCGGAAGUAGCUGCGGUGUGUUCCGGUGCUGAUGUGGCCGGAGGCGGUGCUUGGCACCUGAGACCGGAACUGAGGGCGCUCGCGGGGUUCCGUGAGCGCGGUGAGCCGGGGCUCCCCGCACGGGUUUCUUGAGGCUUGAUACCCUGCUGCUGCAUGGCCAAUAGAUCUAUUGAAGGAAGUUGCAUAUGGCCACCAGUUCUGCUGUGAGGACCGCCCUAAUUCUGAACUAAGAAGAAUUCUGAGCUGUACAGUGCAUUGAAGAGGUGUGAGAUGCUGAGCCGCUUAUCAGGGUUAGCAAACACUGUUCUGCAGGAGCUGUCGGGGGAUGGAACUGAUGCAGAAAUUGAGUCCUCUGCCACUGUGUCAGAGCCAGGAAUGGAGAGCAAGGAGGAGAUGCCCGAGGAUAUACUGGAGCGUCUGGCCCACACAGAGCAGCUGGCUGUCCAGCUGAAGGAUUUGGUCCGAGAAAAGGAUGCCGAGCUCCAGCAGAAAGAAGCUGAACUCAAGGAAGAAAGGGUGGCCGCAGAUGCUAAGUUGAAGAAGCUAAAGCUGCAGGCCAAAGCCAAGCUGGCAGCUCUGAAUAAACGCAUUGAGGAGCUGACCGAGCAGGGAUCAACAUUGCCUGCAAAGACCCUGCCAGAAGAGCAGCUACAUCACAGCAAGCAGUUUCAGAGUAAUCAGAAGACCAGUGAAGAACAGAUAGAGGAUGUUGACGCACUCAAUCAGAAACUCCAAAAGCAGGAGGAAACUGUCAGGAACUUGAUGGAGCAGCUGGAUGCAGUUAGAAACACCCUUGCAGAUACUCAGGACAAGCAAGCAGCCCAACUGAGUUCCCUGGAGGAGGUGAUUCGUGAGAAGGAUGCUGUCCUGCAAGAGAAGGUUUACCAGCAUCAAGCUGAAUUGCACCGAAUAGUGGCCCAAUCAGAGCUGGAAGCUGAGAUGCAACAAAACCUUAGCUCACUUCAGAGAAAGCUGAAGGAACAGGAAGCAGCUCUUUUAGGACGAACUCAGAUGGUGGAACUGCUGCAGCAAGAGUUACAUAGUGCAGAAGAUCAGAACAAGACUCUCUUGGAGCAGUGUCAGAGAAUGGAGACAGAGCUGAGCUCUUUAAAGAGCAUGUUGAAUACAGAGAGACAGGAGUCUCAAAGCCUUUUGGAGAAGAUGGAUCUGGAAUUGGCUGAGAGGAAGCUGUCCUUCCAUCACUUACAGGAGGAGGUGCGGUAUCUUUCAGAGCAGCUGGAGCAGGCAGGAAGAACUCAUGCUGAACUGGAAUCUGAGUACAGAACCCAGGAGCAGAAACAUAAGCUGGAGGUAGAAGAACAAAAGCUGCACAUUGCUUACCUCCACAUGGCUGAGCGAGAGCUGCGAUCUAGCCAUGAUUCUCUCAUAGCUCAAAAUGAUCAGCUGCUGGUACAGUCUACUGAAAAUUCAGCUACCAUCCAACACCUGCAAGAAGAGCUCAUGCAAAAAUCUGAGGAGUUCGUCCAUUGCCAGACUGAGUUAAAAUGGUUAAAAUCUGAGCCAGUGAUGCAGGUCUCUCAAUCAGAGGAGCAGGUACAAUCUGUAAAGCUGAUCUCUGAGCGGGAUGAAAUAUCUCCACAGGAGAAUGUGGUGGAACAGGAGGAUGAGAAGGGGACUUUAAUCCUACCCACUGCAGCCUUGGAGGGGCUAAAGGCUGAAAAUGAGACCCUGGAGGCUCAGCAUGAAGCUGUGAUGAGCACAGAAGAUUCAAACCAGACUGACAGCACUGGAACUGAUUCCAAGUUACAGGACUUGCUGACUCAAGAAGGACUAUCCUGUUCUGGACACUGCUCACCUGGGCCUGGUGGUCAUUCAGCAACACUAGUGAAUAACGAACCACAGUUUCCUCAACCAUAUGAAGACACCAUGGCUCGAACCCAGACCAGUACAGAUGAAACCCCCAGAAACAGCAAUGGGCUGUUUGCUGAGGAAAGUGGCGCUGCUGGCAUUCUGGAGUAUCUUGCUGUAGAGAAAUAUAAGGAGCUGUCAGUCUUGCUGCAGGAAUUAAGGGAAGCUCAAGAGGAGAUAGCAUUUUUGAAGGGGCAGCUCCUGGACUCAGGAAGCCAAACACCAGCAAUGACCUGGACAGAGGGAAGUCAGAAGACCUCACGUAUCCAGAGUGAAUUGAACAGCUGCUUCCUGACAAUGGAGGAAGUGCAGAAAACGUCUGUGCUUCAGGAAGACAAAAAUAGCCUCCCACCUCUGGAGCACAUCAACUACAGUGGAAGGGAAGUAGAUGCAGUGCAAGAGCUUAGAGAAGGGCUCUGUGCAGCAGCUCCAGAGUUUGGUCUUUCUCAGGCUCAGGAACUGACAAGAUUGCAAAUAAAAAUUACCGAGCUGCAAAAAAGCCUGCAGAAAUCAGAAGAAUUGUAUAAUAAAGACUUAGGAGAGAAAGUGGUAGAAAUAAAUAGAUUAACCCAGCAGGUUGAGGAAUGCACAAAAAAUGCAGAGAACUCUAUGCAGAAAGUGCAUAUUCUGACUGAAGAAAGAGAUCAAGUCCUGUCUCAAAUGAAGGAGCUUUAUACCAUAACAGAACUAAAGGAUCAAGUGAAGCAGCUUGAGGGAAAUCUAAUGGAUUCAGAAAAGCAGAGGCUAUUUGACUAUGAAAGCAGAACUAUACUGCACAGUCUACUGAAAGAACAAUUCCAGAGCCUGAAAAAUGAAUCUAAAUCCAAAGAGAUAAAAAUUGAAGCUUUGCAAAGGGACCUGGAUGAGGCACAGCUUCAGCUUUCAGAACAGGAUGCUCUAGCAAAAAGUCUGAGAAUCCAGCUCCAGGAUAUGGAGUCUGAAGUGCUUGAUCUGCAACAACAUCUGAGGAAGAGUACAGUCAAGAUAGAAGAGCUAACUCAAAACAUUGCCUCUAAGAAGCUUGAUACAGCAAGGCUAGAACGGCUUCUUUCUGAACGAAAUGGGGAUAUUGAGAACCUCCAGCAAGCUCUACGGGAGAGUGAGCAGCAGAUGACUGAAAUCAGUGCCACCAUGUCAGAGAAAAUGGUCCAGUUGAAUGAAGAGAAAUUUUCUCUGACAGGUGAACUAAAGAGCCUUAAAGAACAAAUGAGCCUAUUGUUGAAAACUGAGGAAAUAAGAAACCAGCAGACAGGACAAACAGGGGAAGCAGGAGACUUGUAUCUGAAAUGUGAGGGGUCUGAGCAGCAGAGUGAGUUGGUGGCAUCUGUGAGUAAGGGGAGGGAGGUACUAGGAAGUGAACUGGAGCUUCUCAAAAAAGAAAAUGAGCUAGUGAAGCGGAAGCUGCAGGCAGCUCUCAUCAAUAGGAAGGAACUUAUGAAGAAGGUCAACAAACUAGAGAAUGAGCUGGUGCAAGUGAGAGGGAAUCCUGAGGCAGAAACUCAAGAAACUGAAGUCAAAGAAACUACAGCAAGCAGACAAAAUGCAGAGGGAGACUUGAAUCCUGAAAGCCAAGCCAGGGAGAUGUGUCUCAUGCAGUUGCUUUCUGAAAGAGAAUCUGAGCUUCAGAGCACCCAGAAGGAGUUGCUGGAGAAGAAAGCAGCUGAAGUGGAGUUGCAGGCUUUGAUUGAGGAGAUGAAGAAAAGUUUGGAGGAUAAGACUAAUCUCCUUGAUUCAAAAAGAACUGAAAUUCUAGAAAGCCAGUCAGCCAUCCAGAAACUUACUGCAGACAAUAAGAGCUUAAAAGAAUCGGAACCAGCUGCUUCUAACAAGGAUGAGGAAAGCAGUGCAACUGCUCCAGGAUUUGAAGAACACCAUAAGUCUGCCCUGAAAGAGAGAAUCUCUGCUCUUGAACAAGAAAAAGAACAGCUCCAAAAGAAGCUUCAGGAAGCACUGACUUCCCGCAAGGAUACUAUAAAGAAGGCUCAAGAAAAAGAUCGACACCACAGGGAGCAACUGAAACAGCAGAAGGAUGAAUAUAAUCUCCUACAAGAACAGUUUGGUAAGCAAAGCAAAGAGAAGGAAAGUAUCCAAGAUCAGCUUAGGCAACUCCAAGCACAGACAGAAUAUACAGAGAACCAUUCUCCUCCAAGCAUCCAGUUCCAAAAGUCAUCUGAGCCUGUACUUGAUGUAACACAGCAGCUUGCAGGAAACAUACAGCAUUCUGGUCGGAGCGAAUCUUUGUGCUUGGAAGUAGAAAAUAUGGAGACAAAUAACUUCUUACAGGUGACAGAUGUUUCCAUGGAAGAGUUUAAGGCAGAGUUCAAAAAUCUGCAGACAAAGAAAGAUGAACUAGAGUUCAAAGUCAGUCAUUUGGAAAGUGAUCUUGCUUGCAAAGCAGAAGCAAUCAUUCAGCUACAAGAACACAUAGCACAAUUGCUCUCAGAAGUAGAAGGGCUGAAGAGCACCUGUCACGAGGCAGAAGCCCAUGCAGCAAACCUUCAGGCAGAACUGGAAAAAAGUCAAGUAGAGACUUCCAGACAGAACAAUCAAAAGGCACUUAAACAAGAAAUAGAGGCGCUAAAAAAUCUCAUGGGCAAAAAGGAUGAAGAAAUUGAGCUCUUAAACUUGCAGCUAAGGGAGAAAAUCCAAGAUCUUGCUCAUGUAGAGAGAGAUUGUUUGGAAAAAGAAGACUUGAUCAAGACUCUGCAGAGUCAGCUGGAAACACAGAGCAAGCAACUGAAAGCUGAGUUUCUUGAAGUCCAGCAGAGACAAAAUGAGGAGGCGGAAGAAACCCAACAUAAAAACCAAAUUCAGAGAAAACUUCAGGCUGCACUCAUCUCUAGAAAAGAGGCACUUAAAGAGAGUAAGACUCUAAAAGAGGAGCUGGCUUCUGCGAAAAUGACUAUAGAAAAUAUCUCUCUGAGGUUGGCAGAUAUGGAGAGCCAUGUUUGUGAUCAGGAUAGGGAAAAAGAGGUAUUAUCAGAAAAGUUAGUAGCUGUCACAGAAGAGAGAGAAAAACUUAUUGCAGAAGUUGACAAAGCUUUAAUAGAAAAUCAGAACCUUGAUAGCUCUUGUGAAAGUCUGAAGCUGGCUGUAGAGGGAAUCACUCAAGAGAAGGAGAAAUUGGAGGAGGAGAUAGAAUCUUUGAAAUGUUCGCAGGCUGCUGAGAAUUCUGAGUGGCAAGAGAAAUAUAAGGAGCUGCAGAAAGAAUAUGAAACUCUCUUGCAGUCUUAUGAGAAUGUAAGUAAUGAGACGGAGCGAAUUCAUAGUGUUCUGGAAACUAUCAGGCAGGAAAAGCAAGACAUUUUCAGCAAGUUGAAAAGUGUGGAGGCUAAGAAAACAGAAGUAGAUAAACAACUGCAGGAGACUGAGCAAGAGAUGGAGGGAAUGAAAGAAAAAAUGAGGAAGUUUGCAAAAUCCAAGCAACAAAAGAUUCUGGAACUGGAGGAGGAGAAUGAACGGCUGAGAGCAGAGCUGCAUCCUACAGAUGGUGACCUAAACAGGGAUGAAGAUACAGCUCUCUUGACAAGUACUAGCAUUAAAGAGGCACUAGAGAGCUCUAGGAGGGACUGCCAGUCUCUUUCCAUUCAACUUGAGGCAUUAAUGGCUGAAAAGGAUUCUCUUAGUCAAGAAGUUCAAGACUUAAAGCACCAAUUACAGUGCACAGAAACUAAGCUGCAGGAAAGCCUAAAGGCAGGAGCUAAGCAUGGUGUCCAAAAAAUUAUAGUGGAACAAGAAAAUCAAGCUAUUCCCACAGCAGCAUUACCUCUAGAUGUGGAUUUAGGCCCCUGCAUAAAGUCUCCAGAGCCUGUGAGAGCAGGCAUUGUAAUUGAAACAAAAGAGAAAUUAAAUGAAGAUAUCAGCUCACAUGAUGAAAUUAAUACUUACUUACAGCAAAUAGCUCAGCUCACAGAGCAAAUCACAGACCUGGAACAGAACAGAAUGGCUGCAGAAGAACAAAUAGGUAGCAUUUGCAGGAGUGUUGAAACUUUAGGAGAGGAAAAAAAGGCAUUAGAGAGCGAAAUGGCAGCAAAAGUCUAUGAAUUGAACACACUUCAGGAAACAGUAGCCAAGAUGGAACUUACUAAUAGACAUUUUGAAGAAAAACUUGUCAGAAUGACAGAGCUGAAGGAAAUGUUGGGGGCAGAGAAGGAUGACUUGGAGGAAAGGCUCAUGAAUCAGCUAGCAGAACUUAAUGGAAGUAUUGGAAACUAUCAACAAGACAUGGCUGACCUCCAAACAAAAAAUGAGCAACUGAAAUCUGAGCUCCAGAGCUUGCAGAAAACCAUAAGUAAACUGGAGGAGGAGAAGGGGCAGCUGGUGAAAGAGAAAACUGAAGCAGAACCAGAGACGCAGAAGGAAUAUUCAGAAAAACUAAAAUGUGCUCGGAAGGAAGAUGGCUGCAGAAUUCUUGCAAAAGAACUUCAGGAGCUGCUGAAACAGAAACAGCAGGAAGUGAAGCAGUUGCAAAAGGACUGUAUUAAAAGUCAGGAGAAGAUCAGUAGUUUAGAGAGAACUGUUAAAGCUAUGGAGUUUGUUCAAAGUGAGUCUCAAAAGGAACUGACAGCAGCCAGAGAGAACUUAGUGAAAGCAUGUGAAGACACUAAAAAAGCACAAGCAGAGCUGGCUUCCUGCAGAAUAUUACUAGAUGAUACUCAGAGCGAGACAGCAAGGGUUUUAGCAGAGAGUCUCAAAGUGAAAGAGGAGCUGCAGACAAAUAAAGAGCAUGUUAAAAUUCAAAUGAAGAGAAGAGAUGAAGAUUUUGAGAGAAAAUUUGAACAAGAAAAAGGCAGGCACUCAAAAGAGAUAAAUAACAUGGAGGAGAAGAUGGCAUCUUUGCAGAGAGAGAGAGAUUAUAUGGAAAGCACUGUCAGAAAUAUUCAGGACUCCUUGCACAAAAGGGACCAAGAAGCCAAGCAGUUACAAGGCAGCCUGAAUAAAACCCUGGCCCAGCUUGCAGCCUUCACCAGGACCAUGACUUCCCUCCAGGAUGACAGAGAUCGAGUGAUAGACGAGUCCAAAAAAUGGGAGAAGAAGUUCACUGAGGCUAUUCAAAAGAAAGAAGAGGAGAUCUAUGCUAGAGAGGAGACCUGCACUGUUCUAAAGGAUCAGAUGAGGCAGAUGUCCAUGCAUAUAGAGGAGCUACAGAUUCAUGUAUCUAGGCUGGAACACAACAAACAGGAUUGGGAGUCUGAGUCCCAGAGAGUAACUGAGCAGCAUCAAAAGAUGUCUGACAUGUUGCAAGAGGAAAACAAAGGACUCCUAUCUCAGUUAGAAGAGUAUCAGCGACUAUACACAGACUCUCAGAAUGAACUGCAGAAGCUGGAUGCAGAAAUCAAAUGCCUCAAAGACCAGCUUGGUGAUUUGCAUAACUCCUUCACUAAGUGUGAGGUAGCAAGAGAAGAAAUGGAAAGCAUGGUCAAGCAGCAAGAGGCCAUAAUCCAGAAUUAUAAAUUAAAUUGUGAGCAGCUUGAUGCUGACUUGCAGGCCUCAAAGGGCCUGACAAACAAGUUACAUGCAGAAAUUGCUGCCCAAGAUCAGAAGAUUAUCAGUCUACUAUCUGCCAAGGAGGAGGCAGUCAUGACUGUUGUAUCUGAAUUACAGCAGCAACACAAUGAAGAAGUUAAAAAGCUGGAGGAUAAGUUGGGUGAGAAGGAAGAAGAGAAAGUGGCCUUGAAAGAUGAGAGAGAAAAAGCACUGGACAAGCUUAAUCAUCUCAUGGAAAGGAUGAAGAUAACUAAAGAGGAAAGUAUACAGCAGAAGGCACAGCUGGUUUCCUUUACCAAAUGCAUGUCCUCUCUCCAGGAUGAUAGAGCGAAAGACCAGUUAAUUCAAGAGGCUGCUGCUGAGAAUAACAAGCUCAAAGAGGAGAUUCGAAGCUUCCAUAGCCAGAUGGAUGACCUCAACUCUGAAAAUGCUAAACUGGAUGCAGAACUGGUGCGGUAUAGGGAGGACCUGAACAAAGUGAUCUCAAUAAAGGACUCCCAGCAAAAGCAACUCCUCAAAACACAGCUUCAGAGAAUCCAAGUACUGGAAAAGGAAAAGGGCCUCAUAGAAGGGCAGCUGAGGGAGUCAGAGCAUGCUAUGGAAGGUCUCAGGCAGAGUGUAGAAGCCCUGAAAGAGGACAAACAAAGCAUGGUCCAAGAGAUUGAAAAUCUGACAUCUUCUCUCUCUCAGAUUCAGAGUGAGAUGACAGCUUUACAUGAAGGGAGCCCCAUUGUGGAGCUGGAAACACAAUUAAAAGGCCGAGAGAAGGAAGUACAAGAGCUGAGCAGUAAGAUUGCUCUCACACAGGAGAAGGUAGCAGAACUUGAGGAGAAACUGGUCCAUGUCCAAAGGAGUGCAGCCAAGAAGGUGGAAGAGGCUGAAGACAAACUUAAGAAUGAACUGAAACACUUACAUCAUGAUGCAGGGCUAAUGCGGAAUGAAACUGAAACAGCAGAAGAAAGGGUAGCAGAGCUGGCAAGGGACCUGAUGGAAAUGGAACAGAAGCUUCUUACUGUCACAGAGGAAAACAAAGAUCUGAGAGCCCAACUUCAGUCUUUUGGGAAGUCCAUGAGCUCUCUUCAGGAUAGUUGGGACCAAGCCAAUGAAGAGCUUCAGGUGCUGGGAAAAAAAUACUCUAUGGAUUUAAAGGAGCAGCAGUGUCUAGUACAGAACCUUCAAAAAGAAAUGGCUCAUUUACAGGAAGAGCUUCACUCCACUGCCAUAGAGAGAGACUCUCUGAUGUCUGAAUUGACAGCCCUGAAGAAUGCUGAUGAUAACAAAAGCUUGCUAUGUCAGCUUGAGGAACUUAACCGGCGACUCGGAGUCAAAGAGGAAGAGCUUCUCCACUUGUCUUUGGAUCUGGAGGAGUCCUCCAGCCAGAUAAAGUCCUUCUCCAGGGCGAUGGCAAGCCUGCAGGAUGAGAGAGAUCGUCUGUUGAGUGAAUUGGACAAAGCACAUAAGGUGGAGGAAGUGAAGCAGCAGACAGCAGUGAACUCUUCCACCAGCCCCGCUGAAGUGCAGAGCUUGAAGAAGACAUUGGUCUCCCUACAGGAUGACAGAGACAGACUGUUGACAGAACUGAAGAAUCUGCAACAGCAGUACCUGCAGAUUUGCAUGGAAACAGCUGAGAUCUCUCACUUAAAGGCUCAACUGCAGGAGUAUCAGCAAGUGGCUGAUCAACAACAGUGUCUUCAAGAACAACUGAGGCAGGAAAGCAUUUCCUCUCAACGGGAGCUCUACCAGCUUAGACAGGAGAAGACCACUUGGGAGAUGCAGAACAAGAGAGCAAAAGAGCAGUACUUAAUGGCCUUGGCAGACAAAGACCAGGAGCUAAGUUAUUUACAAAGGAUUGUGCAAGAUUGUGCGAGGUCACCCCUGCCCAAGUCACAGAUAAUAGAGGAGCAAUACCAAAGGCAGACUUCUCUAGAGAUCCCCAACUCCAGCGAGACUUUGGGAGGAAACCUGUCCAGCUUAGAGGCUGAGAUGGAUCACCUCCGGGUCCAACUGGAUAACAGCCUGAAAGAACUGCAUCAAAAGGAGCUAAGAAUUCAGCAGUUAAACAGCAAGCUCUCUCAGACCUUUGAGGAGAAAAAUGCCCUGUCUAUCCAGUUGCGGGGCAGCAGCCAGAAUAGGCAGCUGCAGGAGCUACAAUCUCCAAACAAGGACAUGAGGUUACUUGUGACAGAUGCUGCUCCAGGAGCCCCCCAAGAAAAGAAUGAACCUCAAAGAGAGAGUUAUACUCCAGAACUACAGGAAUUACAGCUGAGGUUAUCAGAGGCCAAACAUCUACACAGCAGCACAAAGCAGGACCUGAGGCAUUUGGAAGAGCAGCUGCAGGAGGAACGAGACCAGCGUCUUGCUGCAGAGGAGGCUUUCUUAGCAGCACAAGAUCGAAUCAGAAGGUUGGAGUCAAGUGAAUGGGCAUCUGCUUUGAGUUCCAGUAUUGAUGUAUUUCCAACCCAUGAACAUUCCUUACUAGUUGACCCCAUGGACAGUACCUUUAGCAAGACUCGGAGCAACUCUGGUUUGCGGCGGCUGCUGCGUUGGCUCUUCUGUUCCCGAACACGCCUACCACUGCUGGUGACUGUGUAUCUGCUCGUGCUUCACAUCCUGCUCUUCCUGUGCUUUACAGGCCACCUCUGAGCGGGGCCAACAGUCUGUUCCUGAGUGACAGCCCUUUAUCCUCAGCCCAAAGAUCUGGCUGAGGCGAGUGGCAAAUUGUCACCAGGGCCCUACACCAGCUGCCCCUCUCACCUAGCUAACUUCAUGGGGCAGCUGAGCCUAGCUGUCUCCAGUGCUCACCUCCAAGCUGCUCACUCUGGCCCAACUGGGAAGAUGCUGUUGCUGAAGCUCAGGGUCUGUUUCCAGAAGACAGCCUCCUCUCCCUUCCCUGCCUUGCCCCCACACACAGUGUUGUCAGGUCAUCCUGAAGUGCACCUUUUCUGAACCAGGCUCCUCAGUCUGGGAAUAAGUGAGGGCAGUGAUGUAAUCUUCAGCUUCUACCUGCUGCACUCCAGCUGUUAAUCAUCUGUUAUGAGGGUUGCAGAGAAAAUGCUGAAGGUUCUGGGAAAUGCAGAUACAUGACAACACGUUGGCUGGUGCCACUGCACUUUGUCAUCUUUACACUCAUGCUAUUGUCAAUGGCUAUACCAGCCUAUAAAAGGGCAUUGGCCACCUGCCCCUCAUUAGUCCAUAUGCCACUGGAUUUGCAGGAUGUGGCUCACCCUUCCCACUGCCCAUCCUUCCCUUUCACAGAUAGCACCAUCAUAUUACAGAGAUUGCACCAGUCCAUGAGCACAGAAGGAAAGCUUUCCCCACCCCCUCAGCUCUUAAACCUGCCACUUGGGCCCUUCUGAUGAUUAAAAACAAGAAAGGGAUGCUGUGGAGUUUUUACGGGAUAUGACAUAAAACCAAUCAGAGUCUGCUUUAUAACUUUUUCAAUGUGGCUAAUUUUUGGAUUUCAGCUCAGUAUAGUUCCCUGCAGACAUGCUGAGCACUCUAGCGAAGGGUUUUUGCAGGUAUUUGCUAUAAUGCCCCCUGCCGGAGAAGGAUGGUAAUUUAAUUAUGAAACGGGAAUACGGGACCUGACCUUUUAUCUCUAAUUUAAUCAUUGCACUAAUUAUAAAGCUUGUGCAGCUCUUGCUGAAGACGGGAGUGGAGAAGACAAGAGUCCUGCUCCUGCACCCUGGACCAAGAGCCCUGCUCCUGCACCCUGGACCAAGAGUCCUGCUCCUGCACCCUGGUUCACUGUACCCUUUUCAAAAGAAAAAGCCAGGCCAGUUUGUGCUACAGGGUAUAACUCAAAGGGGUUUGGGCUCUCCAAAAACCAACUGACAAACCCUUCCCUGUCUUGAGGGGAAGACUCCAAGGCCUCUGCCCCACCCUACUUCAUGAGACUUCUUUCUGGAGAAGCCUGUGACUGGUGUUGCUGGGGUGGCUGCAUGUACCCUGUGUCACAUACUCUAAGUGCAGUUAGACCUGUGCCCAUUGAUUGUGUAGAUGGCAGAGUUCAGAGCUCUUCUGGUGCCCCAGAUCAUGCUCCAUGCAGAUGAGCUACCGAUAUCCCUGGAGAUGGGGAUUCUGAAGACAGCAGUGACUGCUCCAGUUGAGAGAGGGUGCAAUCCAUCAGUUAAGGCUUCAGUUAGUGCUGCCAUCUACUCUGUAAGAUGUGCCUCUCCUUUCCUGGAUUUAGGAUGUGCCUAAUUCCCCCACAGUUUAAUGGAGGAAAGCUACUUCUCCAGGGCUGCUGAACUGAGCACUAUGGAGAGAUGGGGACUGAUUCCUUUGCUCUCCCUAAAGCAACUGGGCUUCUGGCUAGGUCCAGAACACUGAAGCCAUAUACCUGUGCUCCCCAUGAUUAUUUAUAGAGAGCAUACCCUGUGGGAUUCCCACUUGAUUCUAUGAAAUCUAGUGACUGAACCCCUCACCUACUUCUUCCUGGGACACAUGCUCCUGUGUACAAUAAAGAUUAUUUUUCAAAAUGAA